GUAGGCACUAACUGUAAGUCGCUCUAGAUAAGAGCGUCUGCUAAAUGACUAAAAUGUAAAUGUAAGAAAAUAAAUCCUUCCCUUGGCUUGCCCUUUUGUUGUUAUGACUACGAGGUCGUAAAUCCGCCAUGUUUUCCCUCUAGUAGCGUUGCGACAGAGACGGAGAACUCAAACGACAUGAAUGUAGAAAAUAAUAAUACGGCAGAAACAGUGAGCGAGCAAACGGAUCACGGCAACAACAUCGUCACAAUUCAAACAACUCUCGGAGAUGAAGAUGAAGAUGUCCACAAGUGCGGACGCUGUCAGUCCGAGUUUUGUACGCUGGAGGCAUUCAUCCAGCACAAGCUGCACCAGAACUGCACGCGGGCACAGGAACCACAGGUGCCCGUCAAUAAACCCCGGGAUGACAACCAAGAGGUUUCUGCCCCAGAUGGAACCUCUGCUACCUUGGCAAGAAUGGAUGGAAGUGGACUGUCUUCAGAUGAACCAGACAAGUCCAACAACAACGGUGAUGUAGUAGUUGAAGGUCACUCCUCUCGAAGUCACAGGAAGAGAGGUGGAACAGGGAAGGCUACUGGUCACACAGAGGGGACUGAGGACCACAGCCCUGACGGUGCAGACAAAUCAGUCUACAGGGUCAACAAAGAUGGACGCUACAUUUGCCAAACGUGUGAGAAGACAUUCAAGACGACAAAUAUCCUGAGAACCCAUAUGAUCACCCACAGUGAGAAUAAGAAUUUCCCCUGCGAGCUCUGUGGGAGUGCCUUCCGCACUAAAGGCUCCCUGAUUCGUCACAACCGCCGUCACACAGACGAGCGGCCGUACCGCUGUAACCUGUGUGGGCUCUCCUUCAGGGAGUCAGGGGCUCUGACCAGACAUCUCAAGUCCAUCACCCCCUGCACUGAGAAGAUCCGCUUCAACCAGUACAAGGAGAUCCUUGUCAGCAAGGACGGACAGCAGAAAGGAGUGGAGGCAGAGGCCGCCUCAUUGGCUGCUCAGCAAGAAGUGGACCAGCAGGAGGAAGAGGAAGCGCAGGCGGCGGUGGUCAGCGUGGUGGAGGCUGACAGUGGAGGACAGGAAGUCAUCCACGAGGUCCACUUCCACAUGGAGGUGGAGGGAGAAGGGCAGGAACAGCAGCUUCUAUUGAAGCAGUCUCAGGCAGAGGCCCUGGUGGCCGAGGGGGACAACCUCAUCUGCCAGGCCAUCAUAAACUCUGGCAUCGCCCUGGAGGCGGUCACUGAGACUGAGGAGGUGGAGUCAGUUGAGGAGCAGGCACUGGACAGGAUGCCUAAAGAGGUCCUGCAGGUCAGGGACGUGGUGGGCAGGGUGACGGAGAUCCAGGUGAUGGAGGAGUGUGUGGAGAUGGAGAUGGAGAUGGAGGCUGAGGAGAUGGUGGACAUGUCUGACAAGCAGGAGGAUCUGCAGCCGUCUAAAAUGCACAAGUGUCCUCACUGUAGUCGCUCCUUUAAGGCGCUCAACUACCUCCGCUUCCAUGUCAAAGGUCACCUCGGCUACAAGCCCUUCAAGUGUGUGAUGUGUCUGAAGGAGUUCCUGACAGGCUACCUGUUGAAGAAGCACAUGGAGGUCCACCUGAGUGAGAGGAGGUACAAGUGUGGCGAGUGCGGCAAGCUCUACAAGACCAUCGGACACGUCCGUGAACACAUGAGGGCCCACUCAGAGGAACGGCCGUACAACUGCAACAGCUGUGACAAGGGAUACAAGACCAAGAAUGCCUUGCAGGUGCACCAGCGGACGCACGCCCAGGAGAAGCCGUAUGUGUGCCAGUUCUGCUCGCGGGGCUUCAGGGAGAAGGGCUCUCUGGUGCGCCACAUCCGCCAUCACACCGGAGAGAAGCCCUUCAAGUGUCACAAGUGUGGGCGGGGCUUCGCCGAGCAUGGCACGCUCAACCGCCACUUACGUGCCAAAGGGGGCUGUUAUGCGGGCCAGAAGGAGGGGUCUGGGGAGGAAGGCGUGGUGGUCUCAGAGGAGCAGGCGUCUGCAGACAGCCUGGCCACAGCAGCCAUCAUGUCAGACGACCCCCACGCCGUGCUGGUGGAGUUCUCCUCUGUGGUGGCUGACACCCAGGAGUACAUCAUUAGGGCCCAAGGAGAGGAGGAGGAGGAGGGGCAGGGUGAGGAGUUGACUCUCAUCCAAGACAACCAGAAUCAGAUGGGCAACCACAUCAUGAAGGUGGUGCAGCAGAUCGUCAACCAAUCGCGUGGCGGCGUCGGCGGCCACCAAAUCAUUGUGCGCAACGUCUCCAUGGACGAGGGCACAUCCAUUUCCGACUGCGGCGACACCAUCACCAUAGCGACGCCCGAGAACCUGACCGCGCAGGUCGCCAUGACGCUGGCCUCAGCCAUCAGCGACGGAACCCUUCUGGCGGGAGGCGGCGCCCUGGAGACGCCCGAUGGCACGGUCACCAUGGUAACGACAACGGGGGGCGAGGAUAUGGUCGAGGUGAUGGAGCACCAGGAGGAAGAGUUUGUUAUUACGUCAUCGGAGGAGGUGGAGAUACAGACAGUCAUCAUAUGAGGACUUUGUGUGUUAUGAGGACAGUGUUAUGAAGUGUCUUAUGAAAACUCAGGACUUUGGGUGAGUUAUGAGGAUGGUGUGUUUUAUGAGGACAGAAUGUCUUAUGAAGAGUUUCUAAUGAGAACUCAGGAAUUUGAAUGAGAACGUUGGUCUAUGUUUGAGGAGUUACGUUGUAUAAUGUAUUUUCUGUCUGCUUUUGAAUGAGGACGAAGCACUUAAGUUUUUGUGAAGACCAAGGACAGUGUGCAUGAAAGAUUCUGUUUGUAUAAAGUUAGACAUUUUAUUGGACAGUAUUACAGUAGAUUUCUAUUGGGUAAGGAUUGCAAUCAUUUAUAGGAAGGGUAUUGUCUUAAGUCACUGAAGUAAGGAGGACUGAAGUGUUAGUUUUACUUGGACAGGAGUGGAGCUGCCUUCAUUUUGGUACAUUUUCUUAAAUGUAAUGUCAUUGCUUGUCAACACUGAGCAACCAAUCACACGGUACAACAGUAGGCUUAUAGCUAGGUCACAGGAGCUCAAGUACUUACAUUUGCCUUGAUUGUCUCAAAAUCCCUAGAAUUGUCACUGUUUCUGUUACACUUAGAUGUUACACUAGGAGAUAUCAACUUUAGAAAAUGCCCCCCCCACCCUUCCU